AUGGCGAAAAGUGAUAAUAGUAGUUUCGCUCAGUCGGCAAUUCCCAAGUUUGAUGGUCAUUAUGAUCAUCGGGCGAUGUUGAUGGAAAAUUUUCUCCGUUCAAAAGAAUAUUGGAAUCUCAUUGAGAAUGGGAUAUUAGUUAUGGCAACAGGAGUAGAGCCAACAGAGGAGCAACAAAAAUUGAUUAAAGAGCAAAAGUUGAAGGACUUGAAGGCAAAAAAUUACCUUUUUCAAGCAAUUUCUCGUGAUGUGCUUGAAAUAAUCCUUAAUAAGGACACGUCCAAAAGUAUAUGGGAUUCAAUGAAGCAAAAAUGUAAGGGUUCAAACCGAGUUAAGAGGGCACAAUUGCAAGCUUUACGGAAGGAUUUUGAGAUUCUUCAUAUGAAAGAAGGAGAAACUGUUAAUUAUUAUUUCUCUCGCACUCUAACCAUUGCUAACAAAAUGAAAGCUCAUGGUGAAAGUAUGAGUCAAACAAUCAUCACUGAGAAGAUUUUGAGAUCAAUGGUCUCAAAAUUUAAUUAUGUGGUAUGUUCAAUUGAAGAAUCCAACAACUUGGAUACAAUGACUAUUGAUGAGUUGCAAAGUAGUCUUCUUGUUCAUGAACAAAGAAUGACAAGCAAUGUAGAAGAAGAACAAGUUCUUAUAUAUCUCAUGAAGAUAGAUAUGGAAGAGGAAGGGGUAGAGGCGUGUUUAGAGGAAGUCGAGGAAGAGGAAGAGGGCAACAACCCUAUAAUAAAGCAGUUGUAG